GAGGAAAAGUUGCAUAGAGAUCUCCUUUAUCAAAGAAACAGAAAAAACUCAGAAUUUUCCAUAGUGGAUAUACCUUUAUAACUUUUGCUACCUACUUUUACAAAAAAAAAAAAAAAAAAAAAAUUUGCUACCUAUCCGCAUUGUGGUACGUUAUCAUAAUUUUAUUAUUAGUAAUUACCGCGUGGAGUAGUACUUAAAGGUGAAUCCGAUUAUGUUUAUGUCAAUAUUAUAGUAAGCAUGAAUAUAUCUUAAAUACUCAUGCAUCUCACUACGCAUUGCUUUUUCGAAUAAUUUCUAUAAAUAAGAGCGUUACACGCUAACUACCCAACACACACCAAACACAACACAAGUCUUUGUUGAUGAUGAUGGGAGAUACGAUGGGCACAUUUGGUUCAAGCAUGGCAAGUUUGUUCUUCUUCUGGGCAACUUUUCAACAAAUAUUCCCUGAACACCUCAAGAUCGCAAUCAAAGAGUUCCUUUUGUCUACAAUCCAACAACUCUCAUUUGUCCAAAGAUUCUCCGACCGUGUCAUCAACUUCUUCUCUCCUUACGUUGUCAUCAGUUUCCCAGAGUACGAAGAGUACCGUUUCAACCACGCUUUCGCAGCCAUCGACACUUACCUUGGUGCUAAAGCAAUCGGUAAAGCCCAAAAAAUUAGAGCAAGUCAGGUCAAAGAGAGCAAGGGUCUAGUUUUGAAACGUGACGAGGCUAAAGUCAGAGACGUGUACCAAGGAGUUAACGUCUGGUGGGAGAUUGUAACCGCUACUGAUGGAGACAGAACACACAAACUCACUUUCCAUAGACGUGGGCUGGAGAUUGUGACCGGAUCUUACAUUAAGUAUGUGAUGGAAGAAGGGAAAUCAAUCGAGGCCAAGAACAAGAAGAUGAAGCUGUUCACUAAUAACCCUAGUUCCAACUGGGAUACUAGCAAGAAGAGCUUGUGGAGACACAUUGAUUUCGAGCACCCGGCGAGUUUUCAGACACUGGCUAUGGAUCCUGUCAAGAAAGAAGAAAUUCUAAACGAUCUUGAGGCGUUUAGUAAUGGGAAAGAGUAUUACAAGAAGAUUGGGAAAGCUUGGAAGAGGGGCUACCUAUUGUACGGACCACCAGGGACUGGUAAGUCCACCAUGAUCGCGGCGAUGGCGAAUCAUUUGAACUAUAAUAUAUAUGAUCUCGAACUCACGGCUAUUCAGAACAACUCGGAGCUGAGGAAACUUCUCACCGCGACAUCGAGCAGGUCGAUUAUUGUGAUAGAAGAUAUUGAUUGUUCUGUUGAUCUAACGGGCAAGAGAAGGAAGAGAGAUGGUGACUUGAGCGUCAAGAAAGAUGGAGAAGAUCAAAACCAGAGCAGAGUCACACUCUCUGGGCUUCUGAACUUCAUAGAUGGGAUAUGGUCGGCUUGUGGACAAGAGAGGAUUAUUAUUUUCACGACGAAUCAUAUCGAGAAACUAGACCCGGCUUUGAUCAGGAGAGGAAGGAUGGAUAUGCAUAUUGAGUUGUCUUAUUGUAGCUUCGAGGCGUUCAAGGUUCUUGCAAAGAACUACUUGGACGUUGAUUCUCAUCUUCUGUUUGGUGAAAUCGACUCUUUGCUGAAGGAAACAAAGAUCGCUCCGGCUGAUGUCGCAGAGAAACUGAUGGCCAAGAAUCAUAAAGUAGACGUCGACGGAUCGCUCAAAGACUUGGUUGAGAGUUUGGAGAGGAGGAAGAAGCACCAGAGAGGUCACGGUGAUGAUCACAAGAAGAAGUUUGGUGGCAAGAAACUCAAAAUAUUAAGCGGAUUGUUUUCUUUUUAAAUAUUUUUUUCUGUUUAACCUGUGUGAAUGUGAUAUAUGAGUGUAAGAAUUUCUGUUUGAUCAUAAUAAUAAUAACUUAGAUUUAUUUUAUUUUUGAAGAUAAUAGUUAAAUUUUAUUUAGCAAAUGUAUAGAUAUUGUAUCUAUAUUAUAGUUAUUUUUGAUCAUACUAAAUCAUUUGAACUAUAAUAUAUAUGAUCUCGAACUCACGGCUAUUCAGAACAACUC